AUGAAGGAUAUCCUCCCCAUCGCCCACUUCAACAAUCGUGUUGCUCACGGAUCCGCUGGCCACGUGAAGACGAGCACACCUACAGAUGGCGGCUCCAAGAACGAGCCGCCGGCGAGAAAGCCAACAGACAAACGGAGGUCGGCCUUUGGCUUGAUCCCGCACCACCAGUACAUCUCCAAGAAGAACGCCAUCUACCAAACGCAGUCACAGCGACCACGAUGGGUGCUACACAUGCAAGCGCAGAUGUGGCGCUUCCUCAUGAGCAUCGGCAUGUUGCUACACAGACUGGCUCCUCCGCGACCACCGAAGCCCAACUUCUACCGGACAGUACCCACCCACGUAUCCGGCACGCCUGGAGAUAUUAUCUUGUACUUUUACGUGCCGUCAGACUACCAUACGCAGAAGAGGCUAUGGACGGACCGGGACGAUGAGGACGAUGAGGAAAGUGCACAGCCUCGUGAUAGGAACAAGAUGAGGAUGAGCAUUGGAUCGAUCGGUGACGUUGUCAUGAGAAGGAGCAAGAGCUUCAAGAGAUGGGGCGGAUACCCGGUGGUUAUCAACUUUCACGGCGGAGGCUUCACUCUUGGCUCACCUCACGACGACGCUCGUUGGUGUGGAACAGUGGUCCAAGAGUGCAAUGCCGUCGUGGUCAGUGUUGACUAUCGACUCGCGCCGGAGUUUCCCUUCCCGACUGCUGUCGAAGAUGGUGUAGACGCUGUCCUGUACAUUCAUAAACACGCUGAGGAGCUUGGCAUAAAUCCGGAUAAGAUCGCACUAUCUGGAUUCUCGUCUGGUGGUAACAUGGCAUUCACUGUCCCCCUACGGCUCUAUGACCAACAGACUGGCUUCGCUCGAGACGACUCUCGUCUUGACGUUUCCCAGCCAAAUGGUGCUCAAGCGGGCGUUGACACACAGACGGGCAAAGUGGAAGUCCACGAUGCACCCGCCUCAUCCUCAUCAGACCUUACAGGCUCCAGCUCAUCAACGCAGGUCCCUGCAGAGCACAACACCGCUGAGAUUCUCGACCCCAACGGCCCACCACCCGACCCGACCAGGAACGUAAAGCAAUCCGCAACCUUCACCGAGCGCAGCGUCCCAGACGAAACAGGCGACAUCCUACCCGAAGUCCGUAUCAAGUGCAUAGUCCCUUGGUACCCAUCGCUGGACUACACGCGCACCCGCGAAGAACGCCGCGCAACCUGCGUCCGAGCCGACCAAGAGCUUCCCUCCCUCUUCACCAACCUCUUCGACGAUUCAUACCUCCACCCUCCGAAAGACGUUUCCCUCGACUCUCCGUACCUCUCUCCCGGCGUCGCACCAACCUCCCUCCUCCGCAACGCCCUCCCACAAGAAAUCAUCAUGCACACCUGCGAAUGGGACAUGCUCCUCGACGAAGGUGAAACCUUCCGCGAACGUCUCACAUCUGACGAUGUCGGCAAGAACGUCGUAUACACCAUGGUCGAAGGCGUACCGCAUGGAUGGGACAAAGCGCCGAAUCCUUGGAAACCAACACCCGGUGUGAAGGAGCACUAUCUCAAGGCUUGCAAAGAGCUAAAGAGGGUCUUUGGAGAUCUGCCGAGACGCGGGACGGGCAUGUCGGCUGCUGCUGUGGCGGCGGCGGGGGAUCAGCCGAGGAAGAGUAUUGUGCGGUAG